AUGCUGGGAUCCACGGGCGGUAAAACCAGCCCUGUCCAUCGCAAGGACCUGCAGGGCACUUGGUGCCCUUUCUCGGCACUGGGAACAUCAGCGGAUCUCAACCUCUCGCUGAGCCUGGCUCCUCACCAUGCUUCUGGUGAACUCCUUUGGGGUUCUGACAUACCAGCAGCGAUGAAGGCUGCGAUGUCACUGCUGGGAAGCAAAGGCAUCGUCUCGGCCACUGAGGUCCUUCUCAGCCAGAAGUAUGGGGACGUGAUGGGGAUCAGAAUCGGCACCCGGCCCGUCCUGGUGCUGAGCGGGCUGGAGACCAUCAAGCAAGCGCUGGUGAAGCAAGGAGAAGACUUCAUAGGGCGCCCCGACCUCUACAGCUUCCAGUACAUCUCGAACGGCCAGAGCCUGGCCUUCGGCACCGACUCGGGGGAGGUGUGGAAAGCCCGCAGAAGGCUGGCCCAGAAUGCCCUGAAUGCCUUCUCCGUCACCCCCAGCCCCACCUCCCCCUCCACCUGCCUCCUGGAGGAGCACGUCUCCAAGGAGGCUGACUACCUGGUCACCAAGCUCCUGCAGCUGAUGGAGCAGGAGAAGAGCUUUGACCUGAACCAGUACCUGGUGGUCUCUGUGGCCAAUGUCAUCUGCGCCAUCUGCUUUGGCAAGCAUUACGACCACAGCAACCAAGAGCUGCUCAACAUAGUGGACCUCAACAACGAUUUUGGGGACGUGGCUGCCUCUGGCAACCCUGCUGACUUCAUCCCCGUGCUCCAGUACCUUCCCAGCCGCACCAUGAGUUUAUUUAAAGAUUUCAACAAGUGAUUCCUCUGGUUCCUCCAGAAGAAUGUCAAAGAGCACUACAAGACCUGUGACAAAAACAGCAUCCAAGACAUCACCAACUCCCUCAUUGAGCAGUGCCUGGAGAAAAAAGUGGAGGCAAAUACUGCCAUGCAAAUCCCUAAGGAGAACAUCGUCAACCUUGUGAAUGACCUCUUUGGAGCAGGCUUUGGCACCGUGACAACUGGCCUGUCCUGGAGCCUCAUGUAUCUCGUGGCGUACCCUGACACCCAGAAUAGGAUCCAGGAAGAACUAGACCAGACCGUUGGACAGAAGAGGAGAUUGAGGCUGUCGGACUGCGGCAGGCUGCCCUACACAGAAGCCUUCAUCCUGGAGAUGUUCAGGCACUCUGCCUUCCUGCCCUUCACCAUCCUCCACAGGAGAGUGCUGAGCACAACCAGGGACACAGUGUUGAAUGGCUACUACAUCCCAAAGGACCGCUGCGUGUUUGUCGACCAGUGGCGAGUGAAUCGUGAUGAGAAACUUUGGAAGGAUCCACUGACCUUCAGCCCGGAGUGUUUCCUCAGUGCUGAAGGGACCAAAGUGAACAAAGUGGAUGGGGAGAAGGUGAUGGUUUUUGGCCUGGGGAAAAGGAGGUGCAUCUGGGAACCCAUCUCCAGGUGGCAGAUCUUCCUUUCCGUGUCCACCUUGCUCCAGCAGCUGGAGUUCAGCGUCUGCAAUGGGAAGAAGGCGGGCAUAACGCCGCUCGAAGGACUGUCUCUGAAGCACAAAAGACGUGAGCACUUCCAGGUCAAGCAGUGCUUCCCCAUGAAGAGCAUGAACUGA